AUAAAAAAAUAAAAUAAAAAGGAAUGAAGGAAGAACAAUUUUGCAGCCAAAAUCAAGCUAACCCCUUUCGGUUGUGCAUUUCUUCUCCAUGGAAUCAUUAGAAUGCUCUCAGUAACCCUAAAUUCACUCUCUUUUAUAGGCAAUUUAUUCCAUUUAUAUCACAGUGUUUGAGGGAUUCGGCUAGCUAUUAAUUGGAACUUGUAGUAUUUAAUCACGUAGGGCCAACCAAUUGCCACUUUCUUAUUAGUUACUGCGGCAGUAUGGAUAGGAAUAAGCGCAAUAUAUUUAAGAAAUUUCCAAGCAAUCAAUUCAAGAGAAAAGGAGUCAGCAGAAAAGGAAACUGGAAUCAUUCCAGCCAUGAGGAACUGUCUGGGGAUUCACAUCCUAUUGACACUGUCUAUCGCAUACUCUGCCCUUCGAGAAAAAUUGGGGGUGUUAUUGGAAAGGGUGGUGGUAUAAUUAAAGGUCUAAGGGAAGAGACCCAUGCAAAGAUAACGGUUGCUGAUCCUGUUCCUGGUUCAGACGAAAGAGUAAUAAUCAUCUAUAGCUCCCCUGAAAAGAUUUCUAGGAACCAAAAUAAUGAUAAGGGUUCUACUAUGGAGAAUAAUCAGGAUACUAUGGAACCUCAUUGUGCUGCUCAAGAUGCACUCUUGAAAGUUCAUGACCGGAUUGUUGAGGAGGAUAUUUUUGGUGGAAAGGGAGCUGAUAAUGAGAACAGUGUUGUCACGUCACGGCUUCUGGUUCCAUAUAACAUGGUAGGAUGUGUUUUGGGAAAACGUGGAGAUGUCAUUCAAAGGUUGCGAAGCGAGACAGGUGCAAGUGUUCGUGUUCUUCCGGCAGAUCAGCUUCCCAGUUGUGCUAUGGGCACCGAUGAAUUGGUUCAGAUAUCUGCAAAUCCGAAUGUGGCAAAAAGGGCUCUUUAUGAAGUGUCUACUCUAUUACAUCAAAAUCCACGAAAAGACAAACCCCUAGAUGUAUCUAUGCCUUACGCUCGUCAAAGUUUUCAUUCUCCUGGAGGUCCCAUGAUGAACAUGCCGCCACCAGGAAAUCCAAUGUGGCCUCAUAGGAACAAUUCAGCACAUAAUAUGCCUCCCAUGCCAUUGAUGGGGAAAUAUGGCAGUCAGCAUUCAGGAUUUGGGCAAGGUGGCUUUGAUGGUGUUCCUCCAGGACAUGGCGCCGAACCUUCAGCUGAAUUUUCUUUGAAAAUUUUGUGUUCUGCUGGGAAAAUCGGCGGGGUGAUUGGCAAGGGAGGCUCUAAUGUAAAAGUGGUUCAGCAGGAGACAGGGGCUAGUAUUCAUGUUGAGGAUGCUUCAGCGGAAUCAGAUGAACGCGUGAUCCGUAUCUCUGCUUCUGAGGCUCUUUGGAAUCCAAGAUCAAAAACAAUUGACGCAAUCCUUCAGCUUCAGAAUAAAACAAGUGAAUUUUCUGAGAAAGGUACUAUAAUUACCAGACUUCUUGUUCCAUCAAGUAAGGUUGGCUGUCUUCUUGGACAAGGAGGUCAAAUUAUCAAUGAAAUGAGGAGGAGAACCCUAGCAGAUAUUCGUGUUUUCUCCAAGGAUGAGAAACCCAAGUUUGCAUCUGAAGAUGAGGAGCUUGUUCAGAUAUCCGGCAAUUUUAGUGUUGCCAAAGAUGCUUUGUCAGAGAUUGCAUCAAGACUAAGAGUGAGAACUUUACGAGAUGCAAAUGGUGGAACAGAACCUGGGCCUGUUGGACCUGGCCAGGGAUUUGGGACGGCACGAAGCUUGCCAGGAAGAGGGCCUCCUCCAUCUGGUAUGAUGGGACCAAGUAGUUCUGGUGGAUAUGAAGCUUCAAGGGGUAGUGAACAUGAAUAUGAACGUCGCAGUUAUCCAGUUCCUCCACCUGUUGAACAUGAAUAUGAACGUCGCAGUUAUCCAGUUCCUCCACCUGUUGUUGGUUCCAGAUACCAAAACGUGAACAGUGGUUUGGAGGACAAUGGAGUUGGGGGAAUGCCUUAUGCUGGUGAGGUUGCUGGAACAAGGAUGAAGUUCCAAGAUCCUAUGUCUGGUGGCCCUGAAAAUUUCCGUCAAUCUUCUGAGCAUCUGAGUUCCAGACAAAGCAUUCAUCAUCCUUUUGUGGCUUCUUCCGGACAGAACAUGAAUGGCCAACAAGGUUUCUACCAGAACUCUUAUCAGACAGGGACUGCUCAACAGAGUGUCUAUCAACACCCGAAUUCUCAGCAAAAUUCAUAUCCGAACAUGAACGCGCAGCAAAAUCCCUAUCCGAACAUGAACGCGCAGCAAAACCCCUAUCCUAACCUGAACAUUCAACAUAACCCCUACUCUCAUAAUGCUCCUCAAGGUGUCUACGGCAAUCCCGAUGCCCCUCAGGCGACCUUUCACAAUAUUAGCACGCAGCAGGGCACAUACCAGUACUGACUUUGAUUUGAGAAUUUUUGUACAAUAGUUAGCCAUCCGUUUUCUUAUUGUGUAACUGCUGUGUGUGCCGAGUCAGACACACGUAGUUGUCAUUUAAAGCUGUUUCAUGAUCUUUAGGCAUUUGCAGGCAGUAAAAGGAACAAAUUUGGCUAUGCUGUACUUCUGCAAUUUGUAAACAUUUUCUUAGAGUAUAGGAAUAUACAUAAUUAUUUUGAAAAUUCUGGAUAUCUCAACUCAUGACGAACUAAGAUUUUCUGCGCUAAAGAAUUUAAGUUAAUUCGGAGUAA